CACAUCUACAAAAAAUUCGGGGUCCACUUAUCCAAAUGAACGGACUCCAUUAAAAUCGAUCGGCUUUAGGAUUGAGAAGCCAUUAAACUUUUUGUCAGUUGCUGGUGCGUCGCAAUUAACGUUUUAACUGUAUUGUUUUAUCUAAUCACAUAAAAUCAGUAAUUAUUUAUUAGCCCUCCAAAAUGGUCAAAAUGGAGCAUGAGGACGGCAAAAAUGAACCCGAGCAUGUCAGAAAAUUAUUUAUUGGAGGAUUAGACUAUAGAACAACAGACGAUUCUCUGAAGAAGCACUUUGAGCAAUGGGGAGAAAUCGUCGACGUGGUGGUGAUGAAGGACCCGAAGACCAAGCGUUCGCGAGGAUUUGGUUUCAUAACCUACUCCAGAGCACACAUGGUAGAUGACGCGCAGCGCGCGAGACCUCACCAAGUUGAUAACCGUGUGGUUGAGCCAAAACGCGCUGUACCACGCCAAGAAAUUGGACGCCCCGAGGCUGGUGCCACCGUGAAAAAGCUCUUCGUCGGCGGGUUGAAGGACGACCACGAGGAAGACGAUUUGAGACAGUAUUUCCAGGGUUACGGAAGCAUCAACUCCAUCAGUAUCGUUACCGACAAAGAGACUGGUAAGAAACGCGGGUUUGGCUUCGUCGAAUUCGAUGACUACGAUCCCGUGGAUAAAAUUUGUUUGCAACGGAAUCAUCAGAUCCGAGGAAAGCAUGUUGAUGUCAAAAAGGCUUUAAGUAGAGCAGAGAUGGCCUCGGCGACCGGAGGAAGCGGUGGCGGUGGUAGUGGUGGAGGCGGCGGCGGCGGCGGUGGAAGCCGUGGAGGUCAAUCAGGAGGUCGUGGUCCACGAGGUGGAAAUCAAGGAGGUGGCAAUUGGGGUAACCGCGGCUCAGGCGGUGGUGGUGGAGGUGGCGGCGGCGGCGGUGGUGGUGGUGACUGGAACAACGGUAGCGGUCAGGGAGGUUACGGCGGUGGAAACCAGAACAACUGGGGCGGUAACGGGCCCUGGGAAAGUCAAAAUCAAGGCGGUGGUAAAGGCGGCAAUUGGGGCGGUCAAGGAGGCCAGGGCGGCUACAACAGCGGCGGUAACUGGAGCAACGAUAACUUCGGCAGCGGGUACCAACAAGGUUACGGCGGCGGCCCUGUAAGAAGUAACUUCAACUCCGGCGGACGACCUGCACCCUACGGUACUAGUAUGGGCCCUAGUGGAAGACAAUCUGGUGGAGACGCGAGGUGGAUGCCACCCUUCGGUGGACAAGGACCCAUGGGAGGUAAUUCUGUAGGAGGCGGUGGUGGCGGUGGAUACGGAGGCGGCAAUCAAGGUGGAUACGGCGGCGGAAACAUGGGUGGUGGCGGUGGUGGUGGUGGUAACAUGGGUGGCGGAAGACGUUAUUAAUUUAAGACUUGCAUCCUCGUGAAGAAAACUCUCCCUCGAAGAUAUUUAGCUUGCAGUGAAAAAAAUAAAUAGUAAAAAAAAACAAAGAAAAAGUUUAAGAUGAAAAAAUAAAAUAAAGAAUUGAAGUGUUGCGGAAGGUCCAUGUAGUUAUCCUCGAACUAACGUGAUCUUUGUGAAUUUUGAACCUCAGGUGAACCCCAAUACUACUUGUUGUCUUCUAGUCCGUCGAGUACAUAGAAAAUCUUGUGUACUACUGAGUUAGUUACUGUGGAGCAGGCAGGGCUAAAAGGCGUAGAGUGAGGCAGGCAAUGAGGCCCAAGGCAGGACAAUCAGGAUCGAAUAUCAAUAUCAAUACAGGAUCAAAAUCAUUCAAUAAUUAUUUAUCAUUAUUUCAAUUUUAUCAACACUCAAUUUAAACGUAACGACUCCAAUUACUGUAAAAAAAUGAGAAUUAAUGCGUUAAUUUACCCAUUUACAUUUACUUAUUGUAAUAGCGUUGAAGGAACGAUUUAUAUAUUUUUCAAAGAUAUUAUUAUUAUUAAUAUCUAUAAUACUGGCGACGUUAUUAAUUUAUAAACUGGAAAUUUACUAACCAGUCUCUUCAGUGUAUUAUGUAGCACCGAUAUCGCGUUCUAGAUGCCAUGAGAGCGGAUAAUUAAAAUUCUAAUUUUUUUUCUAAGUCCAAAAAAAAUUUUUAAUAUGAAAAAAAAAUUUUUUUUGCAUGUCUUCACGUUUCAUGAAAAAGUACAUCGAUUUC